UGCUAGACGCUGGGUCCCCAUACAUAACGGCCAGCAGCCGCAUCCCGCUCACCUCGCAUCGUCUGGUGGGCCUCGGGCACAGGUUGUCGUUAACUGUCAGCUACACACCUUCAAGAGGAUGUCAUCGAUAAUAGUGCUGACAGUGUUCACCCUCCUGUACUCAUCCGUGGUCACCAUGGCUGGCGCUGUACUGCCCAACGCUAGUCACCUGCAGACUGGGUACCACGGGUGGCUAAAUUCUCUGGUCACUCCUAGCAACCGAGCAAACGUGUUUCACGAAGGCGUAGCGGGACCAGCCAGGAGCGCCACAGGUCACCGACCUACCGACCACACGGCACAGACUGAGGUCACACACCAGCCGCCUCCCUCUAAAACUCUUGUAAUAACCGGCAGCCACGUGGGACCGGAGGAUCACCAACAAGGCCUCCCCCUCCCAAUUAGGACUGGCAGCGGAAGUGCGAGAGCAACAGCGGGAAAGCAACUGGCUGGCAGGACUCGUGGUCACAUCAUCGAUGGGCGGCUGAAAGAAAGAAAAAGAAGUGAGCACAAGCACUCGCCAUUCCCUCCUGCUACCGCGCACUCCGCUCGAGGUCGGAGCGCGGACCCAAGGGGAGAACAGGACUCUGGCCCUGGAGUCGCUGGUGUCCAGGCUGACCUCAGCUUGAUGAAGCUAGCCAGCACGGACCAGCCGUUGGACAAGAACGCGAUGAAUAGUUUUUGGCGAGGGCUGGGCCACGCUCGUCAGAACCUCGUCAACACCUGGCUGCUGAACGGUCUCUUCGCUCACACUCCACGAAGUCGCAGGAGUAUUCCUCUAUAUCCUCCAGUACUCAUUCAACAUUUCCAGCCGCAUCAUCCUAGGCUCUUUUUGGAAAAAAGGCUUCGAGCCCCCACAGCUCCUCGUGUCUCCACAGUGCCAGCAUUGCCCGACCCUCGGCAGCCGGACCAGGCACCAAGUCCAACUUUGGGCGGAAGGCAUCGACGUCCCAGUCAUCUUAAAAGGUUGGAGAUCAUAAGUAGCUCGUUGGGCGACUCGACUCAUAAGAGAUGGCUGAACACUCCAACCAGCAAGGGGUCGCCUGUUGAGGUGUCCAGCAUGGAAAGGUUAAAGAAGUGCAUGCAGAUGAGUGUCGUGCCCAGCUGCGGGUCGUCUUGUCCGAGCGCUGACCAGCUGCUGGAGGGCAUCAUCCUGUGUUUUCUGAGUCAAACUGACCUCCAAGCUGCAGGUAAGCUUGACGGCUUGGGAUUUGCUGAAGGAGACGGAGCUCUGAAUGUGGAUUACGGUCCCUUGGGAAUCGGCGCUACAGCUCCAGCGGAUCCAGACCCCGACAACCCACUGUGGCGGGCAGACGACCAACUGCAGUGACUUUGACAAGCACCAUUCCUCAGCUGAUCCCCACUUUCCCCAUUGGGAACUAGGCGCCCGUAGAGUUUGUGCACCAAACUGUAGCAUCAUUCAAAUACAUUUCUAGUGUGCUAUAAGGCACUUGAUAGUCGACAUGCUGUCACUUUACAGGCAACCAGCCGCCAGUACAUCAGUACUUGUGACACAGGCUGCUUGCACCUUAACAAACUUGACACAAUGUCUAAUGACAACAUGUUAACAAGCUUGAUAAGGCUUAGGGAGAGCUUUUCCAGCACAGAGACUGGCACUUGAUACUUUUGUGAUGCUACUGACAAAUUUUUGUAGGUCUAAAGCACUUUUUUGCCACCAACAUUCCCCAAAUGCAUUUUACAUGAUCUCAACAUGGAAGUGAAUAGUGGUCACCUGAAGACACACCUGCAUAUGCCACAAUUCUGGUCAAUGGAACUGCUUACUAACUGUCAUUUUAUUAAUGAAAACACCUUUCUGUAAAUAUCGAAACAUCAUCUUAAAAUUUCUUUUUCUGCCAAGUCAUACAUCUUUAAUAAAUGAUUACCAACCUUAUACUGGAAAUGGAUUUGAGGAAAACUUUAAUACCAUAAUCAAGAUAUUUCUUGCAGCUUCUAUUAUUCAGUAAUCAAUUUUAUGGCAUGUAGAGGCACACUACCUGGUCAAAGCUGCUCACCACAUUUAAAACAGAUAUAAUCUUAAGCUAUAUGAUAGAUGACUGUCAACCUACUGUACUAAAGAUAUAUUCUUAAGCUGUAUCAUGACUGUCAAAUCACUGUACUAAAGAAAAAUAAAAUACGUCAAUUCAUGAAGAA